AUGGGACGCACAAAUGCUGCUAUAGAAGAGGAAUUAAAAACCUAUUUCAAAAGCCAUAGCAAAAUAAGAGAACAAAAGGCACACACGUCAAAGGUCCACUCUGUUGGUUGGAGUUGUGAUGGCCGGCGUUUGGCUUCGGCAUCCUUUGACAAAUCGGUGGCUGUCUACACAUUGGAAAGGGAUAGAGUGAGCAAAGAAAACACCUAUCGUGGUCAUAGUGGUUCAGUUGAUCAAUUGUGUUGGCAUGCCUCGAAUCCCGAUCUCCUGAGUACAGCAAGUGGUGAUAAAACUGUUCGUAUUUGGGAUAUACGGGCGGGUAAAUGUUCAUCGGUUACCAAUACCAAAGGUGAAAAUAUCAACAUAACAUGGUCCCCAGAUGGCAAGACUAUAGCUGUGGGCAAUAAAGAGGACUUGGUGACAUUUAUUGAUACUCGCACCAAUAAGAUACGUGCUGAGGAGCAAUUUAAUUUUGAGGUCAAUGAAAUCGCCUGGAACAAUAGCAGCGACUUGUUUUUCCUGACAAAUGGCAUGGGCUGUGUACACAUUCUCAGCUAUCCCAGUUUAGAGUUACAACACAUUUUAAAAGCCCAUCCGGCCACAUGUAUUUGCAUUGAAUUUGACCCGACAGGAAAAUAUUUUGCAACCGGUUCGGCCGAUGCUUUAGUAUCAUUAUGGGAUGCCAAUGAAUUGGCAUGUUUACGUGUAUUGUCACGUUUAGAUUGGCCGGUGCGUACCAUAUCCUUUAGUCAUGAUGGCAAGCUGAUAGCAUCAGCUUCGGAGGAUUUACUUAUUGAUAUUGCCCAUACAGAAACGGGUGAGAAAAUUGCCGAUGUACCAGUUGAUGCUGCCACAUUUACAGUGGCUUGGCAUCCAAAACAAUAUCUGUUGGCAUAUGCCUGCGAUGAUAAGGAUAGUAAUGAUAGACGUCGUGAAGCGGGUAAUUUAAAAGUAUUUGGAUUCCAAGAGUAG